AUGGCACCUUCAGCGGAACCGCUUGCCAAUGGCAAUAGCCACCUCAAUGGUGGCACCGGUCCCACUGCCGUGGAGCCAAUUGCAAUUAUCGGAAUGGCCUGCCGCUGGCCCGGUGACACUGAAAGUGGGCGCGACAUCGACUCACCUCAUGCACUGUGGGACUUCCUCCUUCAGAAGAAGGACGCUUACAGUGAAUUUCCGCCCGACCGGCUCAACAUUGAUUCUUGGUACCACCCCGAUACCCGCCGGCCCGGGUCCUUCUUCGCUCGGGGCGGAUGCUUUCUCAAGGACGAUCCCCGACGGCUUGAUCACGCCUUUUUCGGUAUCAAUCCGAGAGAGGCAGCCAGUAUUGACCCAGCGCAAAAGAAGCUUUUAGAGGCGGUUUACGAGGCAUUCGAAUCCGCCGGUGACCCUCUGGGUCGCGUCUCGGGCUCCAAAACAGGAGUAUUCGUCGGCAGCUUCAACAACGACCAUCAGAUCAUGCAGUAUCGAGAUAUUGAGUACCCAGACCCAUAUGCAAUGACUGGUGGAGGAGUCACGUUGCUGAGCAAUCGCGUAAGCUACGUGUUCAAUCUCAAAGGACCCAGCUUGACGAUUGACACUUCCUGUUCCGGAGCCAUGUACGCGCUACAUUUGGCGUGCUCCUCCAUACAAGCCGGAGACUGUGACGCCGCCAUAGUCGGGGGUUCUAAUCUGAUUCUCACCCCAGAGUGCCAGAUGGUGUCAUCGGCGCUGGGGACAAUGUCUAAGAACUCUAGGUGCAACACCUUUGACGUGUCGGCGGACGGGUAUGCGAGAGCGGAUGGGGUUGGCGUCCUAUACAUCAAAAGCCUAAAGCAGGCCAUCCGCGACAGAGAUCCAAUCCGAUCGAUCAUCAAGGCAACCGCCGUCAAUGCAAAUGGAAGGACCGGCGGCAUUACUCAUCCGGAUCCCCAGGGCCAGGCUAGCAACAUCAUGCGUGCCUACGACCGCGCCGCCCUAGACCCGGCAGAGACGUCGUAUUUUGAGUGCCACGGUACAGGAACUCCUGUGGGAGACCCGAUCGAAGUUGAGGCCGUUGGAAAUGUUUUUGCCGGUGGCAGGUCCGCCAAAGCGCCGCUGCACAUUGGCGCGGUAAAAACGAACCUGGGCCACAGUGAGCCGGUGAGCGCCAUCGCGGGGAUUAUGAAGAGCGUUCUGGCCCUUGAGCAUGCCGUGAUCCCCCCCAUCCGCCGCCUCACUCAAUUGAAUCCAAACGUCGACCUGCAUGAUGGCCGCCUUCAUAUCGUACAAGAUACUACGACAUGGCCAAACGUUGCUGUCCGGCGUGCGAGUGUAAACUCAAUUGGAUACGGCGGGGCCAACGGCCAUGUCAUCCUUGAGGCGCCGUCCAGAGAUGAGCGGCAAGAUCACGCGCUUCUAGGCCGCAAGUACGUAUUACUGCCAUUUUCAGCUCACGAUAAGCAAACCAUGCACGCCAAUGUUGACGCUCUUCGGCGAGAGGCCGGUCGAUGGGAUCCUGUGGAUCUGGGAUACACUCUCGGCUGCCGCAGGACUGUGUUUCCUCUGCGAUCGUUUGCCGUUGCUGAACGCGGUCGCAUAUCAGAUACUCUGGACGCGGAAAGGUCUCUCCGUGCGAAGGAGUCAAGCAAGGUCUACGAUGCCGAGUUUUCGCAACCCCUUACCACUGCAGUUCAAAUUGCGCUUGUUGACCUGUUGGGCUCGUGGGGGAUCAGGCCGUCGGUGGUUGUGGGGCAUUCGUCAGGGGAGAUCGCUGCCGCGUACGCAUCGGGACACAUCACGUUGGCUCAAGCAAUUGUCGCAGCGUACGCCAGGGGGCGGGCGGUGGCUCGUAAUGUCGCAGACGGCGCAAUGCUAGCCGUUGGCAUGGGCGCCAAAGAUGUCGAACCGAUGCUGGACUCCUAUCCCUCUGUCACCAUUGCAUGCUACAACUCUCCCAAGAGCCUCACUUUGAGCGGCAACAAAGACGAAAUAGUGGCGUUGAAGCAAGCCUUUGACGACUAUGGAGUUUUUGCACGAGUGUUGUCGACCGACGGAAACGCAUACCAUUCCAAGCACAUGGAGACAGUCGGCGCCGCGUACGAGACGGAACUCCGCAGCAUGCUGCUCAAGCUUCCUUCAGAGCUGUGCAGGCAAACACCCUCGCGCUGUAUAUUCGUGUCCUCUGUCACCGUCACCGCCACGGGACGAGAGACGAGCAUUGAUGCCAAAUACUGGCGAGCAAAUUUGGAAUCACCCGUCCAAUUUGACCAGGCUGUCCGCAAAGCGACACAAAUCGUGAAAGUCAGUCAUAUGGUUGAGGUGGGACCGCACUCAGCGCUCCAGGGGCCCUUGAGGCAGAUUUCGCAGUCGUGUCAGUAUGUUCCCUCGCUCACGCGUAACACCAACGGCGCCAUCAACCUGCUAUAUCUGGCGGGUUUCCUGUGGUCUCAAGGCACCAACGUCGACCUCCGCCAAGUGAAUGCUGCCCAAGUGCUGGUCGGUGAUACAGUCAAGACUUCUUUCGGCUCCACAAUUGUGGACCUGCCCCGUUACCAGUGGCAGUACGGCGAGCUCCUCUAUCGCGAGAACCGCUGGAACCGGGAACACCGGCUGAGAACUCAUCCACGCCAUGAACUCCUAGGCACGCGUCUCCCCGGCGGUGACAAAACCGCUCCCAUGUGGCGGAACAUAUUGCGACAGAAUGAUCUGCCUUGGCUGCGCGACCACAAGAUGGAUUCCGAAAUCGUCGUUCCCACACCUGCCUACUUGUGCAUGGCAGCUGAAGCGGCGAUGCAGAUGAUGGAAUUACAAAAUCGGACAGCGACUGGCGCCACCACAAUUACGCUCAAGGAUGUAAAGAUUUCGUCUGCCUUGGUAGUUCCGGACACUAGCGAGGGGAUCGAGGUCCUCUUCAGCUUGUAUCCGUCGAGGGCGCGUGGCUCGGACUAUGCCUUCCAUGUAACCUCGGUGGAUGAGGAUCGUUUCACUGAGCACGCUCAUGGUCGAAUCCUUCUCACAGAGUCGACAUUACGGAAGCCAAUAGAACAGUCAGAUGCGCAUGUCCCAGUCUCCUUGGCUCAUUUCUAUGAUGCUCAAGAGGCAGCUGGCGCAAUUUAUGGCCCAGCGCUCAGAAAUAUCUCGGAUGUCAAGGUGGGCAAGAACAGUCCAUGCGCUUUCGGAGAGAUUGCCUUGCGUUUUGCAGACAGGCCGAUGUUGGGAGCGCGUUACGCUGUCCAUCCGGUAUCUAUCGACCCGUUGUUUCGCCUCGCCAUCGUAGCAGCGCACGGGACCCGCAUCCUACGAACUUCCUUCAUGGUCACUUCCAUCGAGAGCUUCUCUAUCUCGGCAUCUGGCGCCAAAGGGACAUCUGCGUGUGGAAUGGCACGCGCCACCUUGCACGAUAAGCGAAGCAUCGAGGCCACACUUGCACUGAACAACUGUAAUGGUGUAUUGGUACACGCGUCCGGUGUACAAAUGCUCGCAGCUGGCACUGGUGGCCUUCCUGAUCAAAUGACUACGUGCAUCUCACGGAUGGUGUGGAAGCCAGAUGUCAGUCUGUUGACUGAUGCCGCACUCGAUCGGCUCUUCCCACCAAGCCACAGCCAAAUGAAAGACGAGCAACUGCCGCUACUCGAUCGCCUAGCCUUUGCGCAAGUCGUUCAGUUUCGGGAGGAAUAUGCAGAGACAUUUGCUCGAGGGUCAUCGGUCCCACAUCUUCAGCGGUUCUUGGAUUGGAUGACUGAGAAAUAUGACCUCAUACAACGGGAUCCCUCCCUCAUUGGAUCUAGCCUCUUGAAUGUCUCCGUUGAGGAACGAAGGAAAGCGCUUCACUCAAUGCAGCAUGAUUUGGCGGCUCAGUACGGCCCCGAGAUGCGCUUGAUGUGUCACAUGUACGAAAACCUUGCGCCCAUAUACAACGGCGAAGUCUCUGGUAUCCAGGUGGCCGUGCAGCACCGGUACCUUGACGAGUUCUACGAGUUCAUGAAGCUCUAUCAAGACGGGACUCGUCUUUUACGAGAUGUGGUGUCUUUGAUAUCGCACAAGAACCCUAGCAUCCGUAUCUUUGAGAUUGGAGGCGGCACCGGAAGUGCAACCAGAGAAGUUCUUCCUGCACUCAGGGGCAACAGUGAGCUCCGCGGCUACAGCGAGUAUGUCUUUACCGACAUAGGAACGGCAUUUCUUGCUGCGGCUGAGGAGGCUUUCGCCAAAUUCAAUGGAGUGCGUUAUGCUCCGUUCAAUAUGCAAAAAGAUGUUGCUCAGCAGGGAUUCGGGCCGGACUAUGAUCUCGUCAUCGCGUCGAAUGUAAUCCACGCCACGACGAAUAUAACCGCCACGUUGAACAAUGUUCGCCGCCUUUUGAAGCCGGGAGGGAAGCUGGUAAUGUUCGAACUGCUACAGCCACGGCCAGCAUGGAACAUGAUCUUGGGGACUUUCUCGGAUUUCUGGAACGGUGAUCAGGACCCUCAUUAUAGGAGACUCGAUGGGCCUUUCUUGACCCGCAAAAUUUGGAGAGAAGUCUUGCCACGGACCGGCUUCAAAGGCAUAGACUUUAUGCUGGACAAUUUCGAUGAGCUCCGGCAAGCUGGAAUAAUUGUUGCAACGGCCGCAAGCCCCGAGCCGAGCCUCUUGCUAGAGCCCACUUCACCAACAAAGCUUUUGUUGGUUCACCAGGGCAUUUCGACAAACUUCAUCAACGAGUUUUGCGACCACCUCCGCGAGGCUGGCCGACUGGGCCAGCUAGUACCUCUCAGUGCAGUCACAGCCACAUUGACGUCAAAUCAGCGCGUCGUCUUCUUUGCGAACCACGAAGAACAGCUCACUUCAGAAGAACUGCGGAACCUCAACGUGCUCGCUGAACACGCGCACUCCCUACUCUGCGUGGCUUGCGGCGGCACGCUAGAAGGUAAAUCAGCAAUCUAUGCGUCCGCUGGGGAAUUUUUGCGGUCCCUCUACGGUUCUGGAAAAGCCAUUCGCCUUGUUUCUCUGGAUCUGGAUGCCAAAGCCAAUCUUAGCGAUAAAGAGUUCGAACUUCUGGUUGUGUUGGAGAACCGCGCAUUCUCCUACACCUCGAACGCUGAUAACAGAUUUCGGAUCGAUUCUGGUGUCGUUUAUGUCUCUCGCCUCCAGAAAGACGACUUGCUUAGUGAUAUCGCUGGUGAAAAAUUCGAGGACCUGUCAUCAAAUGUCAUCGAGAAGGACGUCAAUAUUUGGCAAAGGCCCCUUACGCUGAAAGAUUACGAUAAGGAGUACUCUGCUUUAGCCGUGUUCGACGCCGACAUGAAUGGCUCAGAAAUUCUGGGUGCAGAUGAUCUAGAGGUAGAGACACAUGCUGCGAGACUAGAGCGGAAGACGGAUGACAACGUGUUCAAGCAUCAUGUUGCCGAUUUUGUCGGAGUUGUAAGGAGAGUAGGUACUGCGGUCACAGCCUUCCGUACCGGCGAUUACGUGUUUGGCCUCAGCAACGGUCCAUUCCGUACCGUGGUGAAAACCAGACAAACGCUUUGCCAGACGCUGCCGAAGAAUAUGGAUUGUCUCUCGACUAUGGCUGCACUCCCAUCUCAUUGUUACGCAGUGCUGUGUGCACUGAGCGAUGCGUUUGGUGGUUCCAAAAACCCGAGUUCUAUCCUCGUCCGGCAUUCCCACAUUGCCAAGGCUGUUAUUGCUUGCCAGGUUGCGAGACAAUAUGCCAAAACGGCGCGAAUCUAUGCUGUUGUAGAUGAUGACAAUGCCAAAAACGACAUGAUAGCUGCAGGAAUCUGCGGUGACAACAUAUACGCAUCUACUCAGGAAUUAGAAACACAAGGUUUCCGAUUCGAUUUGGUUCUCUCUACUACAGAGACCGCCUGGGAAUGUUUGCCCUGCGCCGCGGACUUCGGUCGUGUCGUGAUUCUGGGAGGACCUAAAAACCCAGGCGACUACCAUCUCACGUCUCUCGGAAGGAAUCUGAAGCUAGUAUUUCUAGAUCUGGAAUCUGUGCAAGAGGACAAGGAAGCCGUUACUAGCCUUUUGCCACACGUAAAGGCGUUCUUAAGUGAAGGACCAACCUGGCUGCCGAGCUCCGAGACGUAUCCGAUAUCAGACAUGGAAAAGGUUAUAUCUAUGCUCAGUCGCCCGAUUGGCAUUUCCGAUGCCAUUGUGAGGUGUGAUAAUGCAGAAGCCACCUUGCAGAUCGAGAAACAAUCAGUGUGUCCCACGCCCAUCCUUUACUCGGACGCAUCAUACCUCCUGAUCGGAGAUCCCGAUGGCAUCACUAUAAGCUUGAUCAAAUGGAUGGCGAACAAUGGAGCAACCAGUUUCACUGUGCUCUGCGGACCAGGAAGGGAAACAGACAUUUCCAUUGACGCUGCGUUAGCGUCAGGGAUCCAUGUGACUGUUCUACCAUUCGCGAAUGAGAUCGAUGUGGUGAAUGGCAUCCAAUCGUCAAAGUUACCGAUUCGCGGGGUGGUGCACGUUUCAACACUUCAAGGCAAAACUGUUCCAGGAAAGACGGAUGCCGCGAACAUGUUCGAUACCUUUCAGCAGACAUUCGACUCCUGUUUGUUCACUCACCGCAAUCUGAGGGAUCCUGUAGACUUCUUCCUCAUGCUCAGUCCAUUGGGUCCCGCUCUCGGAUCACCCCUUAAUGGUCCGUCCACAAUCUCGUGGGCCAUACUCGAAAGUUUCGCCAGCUUCAGGCGGAAGAUGGGAUUCCCAGCUACAUUAUUGGGAACCAACCAUGUCCUGGACAUUGACAACAACGCCAUGCCACCAGAAAGCCAGGGUCAGCUUUUGGAACAAGGUUUGGCUGGAAUCACUGAAAAAGAGUUCCUUGCCCUAUGCGAGGCCGCCAUGCGGGAAGGCCACGGUGAUGACGUAGAAUCCGAGCAACUGGCAGUUCACACGAGCUUGGUCGCUGUUCCAGAACCACACAAUCUUCUUUCCCGGGACGCAAGAUACCCGGUCAACAACAUGGCUUGGGCCAAAGAUCCGCGAUUUGCAGCACUUGUCGUGGCCUUUGCUCAGGCGGCUUCAGCGCCCAGCAACUCCGCCGAUCACACCAGUGCCGAAGCUCUUGGAAACGAUCCUGCUGAGGUCAUACGCAUGAAACUCGCCCGACUCCUCUACAUCCCAACUGCUAACAUAGAUGCAACCCAGCCCAUAAACUCUUAUGGCAUAGACAGCCUUGUAGCUGCGGAGUUGAGGGCAUGGCUGGCAAGCACCUUUGGGGCAAAAUUAUCCCUUCUGAACCUUCUCAACCCUGCGCUCACCACGGAAAAGCUUGCGAAACAAGCUUCAAGCGCAGAAACAUCGUAG